AUGCUUGGGAAGCCAUUGAUACUCUACAUCGCGGCACAGGAACGUUCACUUGGAGCACUGCUUGCUCAAGAGAAUGAGGAAGGAAAAGAACAAGCCUUGUACUACCUUAGCCGAACUCUAAUAGGAGCUGAGAUGAACUAUACGCCUGUUGAGAAAAUAUGCUUAGCGUUACUUUAUGCGAUAAAGAAGCUAAGGCAUUAUUUUGAAGCAUACACAAUCAAACUCAUCUCUCGAGCAGAUCCCGUGAAGUUCGUGAUGACUCGACCUGUUCUUUCUGGACGCCUAGCAAGAUGGUCCAUAUUGUUUAACCAAUAUGAGAUCACAUACACACCUCAAAAAGCUGUGAAAGGACAAGCACUAGCCAAUUUUCUGGCUGAUCACCCUCUUCCGGCGGAAUGGGAGCUUUCGGAUGAGUUUCCAGAUGAAGACGUUUUGUUCAUCGAAGAGUUUCCACCAUGGACAAUGUUCUUUGAUGGAUCUGCACGUCGUAACGGUGCGGGGGCAGGUGUGGUGUUGAUCUCUCCAGAAAGACAAGUCUUGCCAUUCUCCUUUGUUUUAGGUGAAACAUGCUCCAACAAUGCCGCGGAGUACCAAGCUUUGAUCGUCGGACUCGAAAUGGCAUUAGAAAUGAAGAUUCUACAGUUGGAGAUCUACGGCGACUCUAAGCUGACCAUCAACCAACUUUUGGGAAGUUACGAGGUAAAGAAGGAAGAUCUAUUGCCAUUCCAUGAAUACGUUUCUGGUUUACUUGAAAAAUUUGACCGAGUGUUCUUAAACCACGUCCCAAGAGAAGAAAAUCGCAAGGCUGAUGCUUUGGCUAACUUGGCCACGACGAUGGCACUUGGAGAGAAUGAGUCAACAAAGGUAUAUGUGUGUCAUCGAUGGGUUAUUCCUAGACUUCUGGAUCUUCAAAUCAACGAAAGCCAUCAUACGUCUGUUCGAGUGAUUGAAGAAGAAGAUUGGAGGCAACCACUGAUAGAGUACCUUGAACAUGGAAAGUUACCUGAAGAUCCGCGACAAAGAACAAACAUCAAACGAAGAGCACCACGAUUCAUCUUCUAUAAGGGGAUAUUGUUUCGCCGCUCUUUUGAAGGACUAUUCUUGCGAUGUCUUGACAAAGAAGAAGCCCGCCAAGCGAUGGAGGAAGCACAUUCUGGCUCAUGUGGAGCACACCAAUCGGGUACAAAGCUCCAUUUCCGCAUCAAGAGGAUGGGCUACUACUGGACGACAAUGGUGAAGGAUUGCAUGGAUCAUGCCAAAAGAUGCCAAGCGUGUCAAUUUCAUGCUAACUACAUCCACCAACCUCCAGUGCCUCUUCAUCCAACUGUAGCUUCAUGGACUUUUGAUGAAUGGGGACUUGACGUUGUUGGACCGCUUCCAAAGUCAUCAAAGGGACAUAUUUACAUAUUGGCCGCUACAGACUACUUCUCUAGGUGGGCCAAAGCUGCUCCACUCAAGGAGGUAAAAAAGGAGAUCGUUUUCGAUUUUAUCAAGUCAUAA